CGGCAACUAUGGACGCCAAUCCCUUUGGAAAGAAAGAGGACGUGUAUGGAUUCCAAACCUUAUGGAGGGAGCUUGGAUAUUACAUAUCCAGACUUGAGCAUUAUGAAAGAAGUUUGAAUUUUUUUGACGAGGCUAUCAAAAAGACCCCAAAUGACAAACGAGCUUUAAUUGGGAGAGCGAGGGCAAGAGCAAAGGCUUGCCAGUAUGAAGGUGCCCUUGAAGAUGUCAACAAAGCCCUAACCUUCGACCCAGAUGAUCUUGUAGUUCUGGCGGAUAAAGCUUUGAAUACGUACCUGAGUUGUGAGUUUGAAGAGGGUUUGGUGCAGAAUACCAGGUUGUUACCUAGGAGGCAAAAACCGGACCAUUUUAGUAUGGGAGUUAUGCAUGUAAGUGUUAAUCUGAUAAUUUUCAACCAGUGGCUACAUGCUGAGAAGUUACGUCAUUAUCGAGUGAGCACUUAGGAGGAAGGAUGUAAUGUGCGAGUUAAAAAGGCUAUUCGAUAGGGACGAAUUGACGUUGAAAUGGAAUAAAACAAGAUCAUUGUGAAAUAUAAAGUAGUUUUUUAUUCAAAAGAUCCAUAUACGCCAUUAUGUAUACUAUUACUUGGCUUCGUUUGUCCGCCGC